AAUGUUAAUAAUAAUUAAAAAAAAAAUCAAAAGUAUCUAAAACCUAGAAAAAUAUGAUACCAUUCAAAUUGUAAAAUAUCUAAUAAUUAAAAGAAUUUUUCUUUUCAGUAAUUUCAUAUGGGUCAAAUCCUAGUAUAUAAACAAACAUACAUAAAAAGAUAAAAAAAAUAUUUCCCUUUAUAAUUGAUGGAAAGCACUGGAAAGGGAUAUGUACUAUACAUGGACUCAGAAUAGAGAUCGUCCAAGAUUCGACGAAGAGUAAAAGACAAAGAAGAAGAGAAGUGUAUGUUUUUGCCACUCGUUUUGUUACUUUCUUUUGAUAUUUUGUUUUAGGUGUUCACAUAAAUUUGAUAGUGUAAAGAAAACAAAACCACUUUCUAGUUCUUAAAGAAACUAGAAAUCCAUGGACCCGUCUCGUCAUACUCAUGUGAUGCUCGUAUCUUUCCCCGGCCAAGGUCACGUAAACCCUCUACUUCGUCUCGGAAAGCUCAUAGCCUCUAAAGGCUUACUCGUCACCUUUGUCACCACAGAGAAGCCAUGGGGCAAGAAGAUGCGUCAAGCCAACAAGAUUCAAGACGGUGUGCUCAAACCGGUCGGUCUAGGUUUCAUCCGGUUUGAGUUCUUCUCUGACGGCUUCGCCGACGACGAUGAAAAAAGAUUCGACUUCGAUGCCUUCCGACCACACCUUGAAGCUGUCGGAAAACAAGAGAUCAAGAAUCUCGUUAAGAGAUAUAACAAGGAGCCGGUGACGUGUCUCAUAAACAACGCUUUUGUCCCAUGGGUAUGUGAUGUCGCCGAGGAGCUUCACAUCCCUUCGGCUGUUCUAUGGGUCCAGUCUUGUGCUUGUCUCACGGCUUAUUACUAUUACCACCACCGGUUAGUUAAGUUCCCGACCAAAACCGAGCCGGACAUCAGCGUUGAAAUCCCUUGCUUGCCAUUGUUAAAGCAUGACGAGAUCCCAAGCUUUCUUCACCCUUCGUCUCCGUAUACAGCUUUUGGAGAUAUCAUUUUAGACCAGUUAAAGAGAUUCGAAAACCACAAGUCUUUCUAUCUUUUCAUCGACACUUUUCGCGAACUAGAAAAAGACAUCAUGGACCACAUGUCACAACUUUGUCCUCAAGCCAUCAUCAGUCCUGUCGGUCCGCUCUUCAAGAUGGCUCAAACCUUGAGUUCUGACGUUAAGGGAGAUAUAUCCGAGCCAGCGAGUGACUGCAUGGAAUGGCUUGACUCAAGAGAACCAUCCUCAGUCGUUUACAUCUCCUUUGGGACUAUAGCCAACUUGAAGCAAGAGCAGAUGGAGGAGAUCGCUCAUGGCGUUUUGAGCUCUGGCUUGUCGGUCUUAUGGGUGGUUCGGCCUCCCAUGGAAGGGACAUUUGUAGAACCACAUGUUUUGCCUCGAGAGCUCGAAGAAAAGGGUAAAAUCGUGGAAUGGUGUCCCCAAGAGAGAGUCUUGGCUCAUCCUGCGAUUGCUUGUUUCUUAAGUCACUGCGGAUGGAACUCGACAAUGGAGGCUUUAACUGCCGGAGUCCCCGUUGUUUGUUUUCCGCAAUGGGGAGAUCAAGUGACUGAUGCGGUGUACUUGGCUGAUGUUUUCAAGACAGGAGUGAGACUAGGCCGCGGAGCCGCUGAGGAGAUGAUUGUUUCGAGGGAGGUUGUAGCAGAGAAGCUGCUUGAGGCCACAGUUGGGGAAAAGGCGGUGGAGCUGAGAGAAAACGCUCGGAGGUGGAAGGCGGAGGCCGAGGCCGCCGUGGCGGACGGUGGAUCAUCUGAUAUGAACUUUAAAGAGUUUGUGGACAAGUUGGUUACGAAACAUGUGACGAGAGAAGACAACGGAGAACACUAGUGAUAAUGAUGUCUCGAAAAUAUCCGACUAUUUGUUGUACCGCAAAAACCUUAACCACUACAACCUUUUCUUUUUUCUUGUCAAUAAAUCGUAUCAAUCUCAUUUCAUUUUUCGAAAGUGUUUUUUCUCACUUCUGAAAUCAAUAAUUACGUAUUGUCUUCUUAUCACCUUUGAAUGAAUGGCUUGCGAUUACUGUUUGGUUACCAAA